GCGCGCCCUGCGGUCAUACUAAUAUUUGCCGAAAUGGAAACGGUCAAUCCCACGUUCUCGUACCUCACCAAUCUGGAGGUGAUGCAGAUUCUGCAGAAGAUUAAGAGCACCAAAAAGAAGUUUGGCAUGCGAAACUUGGCCACUGUUACCUAUGAGGCACUACAGUAUCUGGAGGAGUCGCCCUGCAAGACACAAACUCGUGAGAACAUUGCAAAUUACGUGAAGGAUCUGUCUUCCUAUCGUCUGAAGUCCCAAGAGAUCCUACAAAUGAUCAACGACCCGCCUACAAGUGCCCUGCACACGCAGCUGCUCAUCGACGACAAUAAAGCUCCACUAACCGAUGAGGAGAACGAGAAGAUCAUUCAGCUGAGCUACAAACACUUCCAUGGAGGGGAACCCAAAGACGCUAGUAAGGAAACACCGGCGGAAAAACCUGCGGAGACCACUGCCAAGACCGGCAAGACUGGAAAGCGUAGUUCGCAGGCCAAAUCCAAUCCAGCGGAAGAAGUCGCUCCAGCGGAACAAACCACGACAGCGGAUGGAGUUACUCCAGCGGAUGGAGUUACUCCAGCGGAUGGAGUUACUCCAGCGGAUGGAGUUACUCCAGCGGAUGGAGUUACUCCAGCGGAUGGAGUUACUCCAGCGGAUGGUGUAGUUGUGGAAACAGAGAAUAAAGCUGCUCCAGCGCCUGCAACGGAUGAAGCAACUCCAAUGGAAAUCGACUCCAGUCCGCCAGCAGAUGGAGAAAAACCAGGGGAGCAGCCACUGGAAAAACCCAACUGAUUAUUACGUUUAACGUUUCAUAUUUUUAUGUUGAUGUAGCGUAUAAAAUAAGCUAAAAAAGUAAA